AUAAGAGAGCUCAAUAACAAGCGUCCGUUCUCUAUCACGGCUGAUAGCCGACUUAGAAAAGGGAAAUGAUCGGGUCCUUGUGUGUCUUCAAUUCUUUUUCUCUGUAUUCGGCAUUACAGAAAAGUUUGUCAGAGUCAGCUUGAUGAAGAAAAAUGAUUCAGGAAUUGUGUCGCCUGAUAAAAGAGGAAAAGGUACUUGCUCCAGAAAAAUUCCUGACUUCAUUGAAAAACAUGCUCGUGACCAUAUCUUAUCAAUGCCCAAGGUAGGGUCCCAUUAUUGUAGAAAAUCCAGUAAUAAACUUUAUCUUUCUUCUCAGCUUAACUUGGAAAAAUUGUACCGUCUAUAUUUGGAAAAGUGCAACGAAGACAAUAAAAAAAUUACAGAAAACAACACUAAGCUACUUCUUCAAGAUAGAAAAUUACCGGUUUCAAAGUCUGCUUAUAAGGUAUUUUUUUAUUUGUAUGGAAAUCUAAGCUUUCAUAAGCCUAAAAAGGACCAGUGCGUUACCUGCAAUAGAUACAAAACAUCAAGUGAAGUUGAAAAAACUGAAGAAAAAGAAAAACAAGACCUUCAUGUGUUCAAUAAAAACAGAGCUAGAGAAAUAAAGCAGGAAGAAGUAAAAAAAUGCACAGAUAAUGUUCAAAAUGAAAGAACUGUCUUAAAUAUGGAUCUUCAAGCUGUUUUAGAGUGUCCUAAUGGAGAAGUACCACCAAUCUUUUAUAAAAGAAAACUGGCUGUAUAUAACUUUACAAUUUUUGAUUUAAUUUCAAAAGAAGGAACAUGUUGCAUGUGGGACGAAACUGAAGGAAACAGAGGUUCUACUGAAAUUGCUACAUGCAUCUUCAACUACAUCAAUUGUCGCAAAGAUGUGCUGGAGUUUUUUUUAAUGAGUGAUAGUUGUGGGGGGCAGAACCUUAAUCAAUUUAUCUCUACUGCUUUCUUGUAUGCAGUAAAAAUGACACAUGCUAAAAAGAUAGAGCAUGUAUAUUAUGAGACAGGUCAUUCACAGAUGGAGGGAGAUUCUUUGCAUUCAGUCAUUGAAAUAACUGCAAAAAACAUUCAAGUAAAUACUCCAUCAGAAUGGCAGUUAAUUUGUCAACUUGCAAGAAAAACACACAAGCCAUACAAUGUUGUGCCAAUGACUCAUAACUCAUUUAUUAAUUGGACAUCAGUAGCUGAAGAAAAUAAAAAAAAGGCGAGAUAUGAGACAGUGGAUGGGGAAGUAGUGGAAUGGCGAAAGAUAAAAUGGUUCUUGUACCAAAAAGACCACCCUGAAUCCAUAUUUUUUUAAGUACGGCUACAAUGAUGUGGAAUUUUAAGAAAUAAAGCUCCUGAGACGUGUAGGAAGGUCUCUCAAGAAACCUGAUGAUCUGCCAAAAGCUUAUAGGCCUACCAGCAAAUUACCAAUAACCUGGGCUAAAUAUCAAGACCUUCAAGAUCUAUGUGUUUCAAAAGUAAUACCUAUUCUUCAUCAUAGGUUCUACGAAGGAUUGCCUCACCAAGGAAAAAAAGCAGCAGUAACAACAGUAAACGACGACAGACAAAAACCAAAGAAGAGAGGACAAACAACAUCCCUGAAAACUAAGAAGAAGCCGACUUAAAUAUGAUUUUCUACAUUUUCUCAACAAUUUUAU